UAGACUGGAAUAUAUAAUAAAUUGUGUACCAAUGAAAACGUAAAUGUUGAUACUGUAGAUAAAGCGACCGUUUGAGUCAACCAUAAUAUUAUUCAAGGAGGUUGACAGACAACCAGUACUGUACUAUGAAGGAGAAAGUAUAAUAUUAACUACACUUAAAGUUAAAUAAAAACACUUUUCAUAAGUGACAGUAUGGAAGAGAGAAAACUAAAGCCUGAAUGUAUAGUCAAGUAAACUUCAUCACAUAUAAGAUACACAAUGGAUAACUACGUUCACUUGAACCAGAAGAAUGUUGGUGCCUGGAAGGACUUCACGAAGUCUGCCGUCAUGUUUUUAGAUUUAUAUCGAAAUCUGCUGGAUACAUACGUUCUGGAUUUCUUCACGGAAGACUUAUGGUCCCGAUUAAAUCCUGAAUGGGCAACUGUCUUGGACACAUUGACUCCAUGUGAGCUGGCAGACUUCCUCUCUCGCGAUGGAGCCUUGAAACAAAAAACUGUGUGGCCUCUCUCACUGGUGGCUCUUCGGGCAACUGCCUUUACUUAUACUUUACCAAGACGAUCUGUUUCGUCGACAGACCCGUUCACAGAUUACCUCAAUCAACAGCUUCAGAAAACAGAAAGAUUAUCAGGCAGUUCAGAUAAUAAUGAAAUGAAAUGUGAUGUGAAGAGUACUUUGAAUGAGAAUGUUAAUUGGAAAAUUGAUGUGAGGAUGAAGUCACCUCCAGUUGAAAUGGAUCUGCCCAGCAUUGUCCAUACAGAUGUUGACUUAAACGCAGCAGUUAAAUACACCAAGACAUUAUCCACGAGACAGAGUAUAAACAAUGACAGUGUGGCAGUGAUGAAGGAAGAGUGUAGUGAUUCAUGUGGCUCUCAACAUUGCAUUGUUUAUAAAGAAUCACCUGAAAUACAAAAAACGGAGAAGAAUAAAAAUAUAAAUGAAGGUGAAGACGAGAGAGUUAGUUCUCCCUUGUCUGUCUGUCAGCCACAUAAGGCCUGUAGGAGUGAUCAAAGCACAACAGAUUCAAGAAAGUUAAUCCAUCCUAUCCAACAAAUGUCUGUAAGUUGGGGCGAUGCAGCAUCUGAGUUAAGUGCAGCGGCGGGACAACACAAGUUGCUUCAACACGUCUUUCGUCGUCAUUUGAAGCCUAAAAAACAACAUGAGGUUGCCCGCCUGGCACUGAUAGCUGGGCAGGUGGCCCAGGCUGCUUGUGAUGGUGUCAUGAUAGAUGUGGGCUCUGGUCAAGGCCAUCUCUCCAGACUUCUUGCUUAUGGACAUGACGUAAGAGUCGUUUGCUUGGAGGCGCAGGAUGAAUUUGUCAAUGGUGCAAAGAAGUUUGAUAAUCAGCUGGAAAUGGCUGUGGAGAAAAUGAAACGGAGAGAGACAUCACUGCCUCCACUACCACCAGCUCCUCGCCACACUGCCUGCCUGCUACACCCUCACAUCAACCCUCACACAUUUAAACAGGUGGUGACGGGAGCCUGGCCAGAGUUAGAGUCAAGAGGAGCCGUGUGUGGACUGUUGGGCCUACACACCUGUGGGAACCUGGCGCCAACCCUGCUGAGAAUCUUCACCAACAUGUCAACUUGUCAGGCAGUUGUGUCUGUUGCUUGUUGUUACAUGAAGCUGAAUACUGCCAGAGACGAGAGAGAAUAUCCGGGUUACCCCAUGAGUGACUUUGUCUACUCCCUGCCUGGGUUUGUGUUGACUUACGAGGCACGGGAAGUUGCUUGUCAUGCUAUAGAAAUGUAUGUUAAUCGACUCCGACUGGGAGUAGACAACCUUAAGGUUCACUGUUACCGAGCAUCCCUGGAGGAAAUAAUCAUCAGGCACUGGCCAAGUCAUCAUCAUGCUGGCCUCCGCUCUGUCAAUCACGCCCACAAAAUGGAGUUUUCUCAGUAUGCUGUAGAAGCUGUGUCUCGACUACCAGAUUUCAAACUACCACAAGAGGACCUUUGUAGUAACCAAACUAAACAUAACCUCAGCCGCUGGAUGCAGGUGGUGGUUUACUACUCACUGAGGUUGUUGUUGGCGCCAGUGGUGGAAUCUUUGGUGCUCCUCGACCGAUUACUGUUUCUGUAUGAGCAGGGUGUGGAGAGCAUCCUGGUGCCAACAUUUGACCCUCAGAAAUCACCGAGAAACCACGUUCUUGUUGCUGUUAAACCUAACAAUAAGUUAUGACAAUUACUUGUCACAGUUUUUUACCUUUAUUUAUCCUUUAUAUUGUAAUAGAGGUGAGGUCAACCUUCCCUUCUCUUAACACAAACUUUUAUGAUGGUAGUAGUACAGUACUGUAGUUAGUUGGUGUGUCCUCGACCACAACUGAGUUUUUACCUCUGUUUCAUUUGGAUUCUAAGAAAAUUGUGUCAGGCUGUAGCUGACCAAACCUUCUUUUAAAUAAUAACAAUUCUGAUUUUG